UGGCGCGCGCAUGCGCGUCUCCGGGACCUGGUUCUUUCCCCACUGGACAAGGAGAGGCUGGUCUUGGAAUCGAAGCCUGCCGAGCCGGAAGGCGCUGUGCUUUUUCACCUCCGUCUGCUCUGGCGGAAACGCAAGCGGUGGAAGAGAGGUUCCGGGCUUGGCCUCGGCUGGCGGCUGCAGCAUGGACACCCGGGCCGAGGAGGCGGGAGUGACUCGCCGCCCGAUGCUGGCCUCUUCCUGGGAUGCUGCCUGCGGAGCCCUGGCCCGGAGUCUCCAUCUCACCCGGGCUGGUGUCGGCGCCCCGGACUUGGACUGGGAGCAGCUGCUGGCGCCGCCUGACCCGGGCCAAGAUCUGGUGAUUUUGAAAAGAAGCCUCAACAGUGACCAAGAUGAAAACCCCUGCUUCCUUUACCUGAGAUGUGACCCUAACGGAGGUGAAGAAAUCGUUUCUAUUGGCGUUUUAAGUUCCGCAAGAAAUAUGGAAGUAUACUUAGGAGAGGAGUACUGUGGAACCAGUAGGGGCAAGAAUGUUUGUAGUGAUCUGGAUAACAGUGAAGGUGAAAAGAUUAUUUUGUACAAAAAAUAUCUAAAAUUGGAGUUCUCCACACAUGCUUGUAAAAUAAAGUUGCUCUCCUUUGGUGAAAAGCAGUGUGUGUUCGUCAGUAAAGUUGUGGUACACAUGAGGCGGGUUUCAGCCAGUUCCGCAACAAGCUCUCCUGCUCUAGGAUCAAGGAUAGACCUCCGGAGGGUCCAGACUAUCAUGGCGUCCAUGGGGUCAAAGCUGUCACCUGGAGCUCAGCAACUGAUGGAUGUGGUUAGAUUUCAGCAGCAGGUAGGUAGAAAUGGAUCCUGUCCAGAUAACCGUUAAAAAUUUGAGUGAUCCGGGCACCUGGGUGGCUCAAGUCGGUUGAGCAUCUGACUUUAGCUCAAGUCAUGAUCUCACGGUUCAUGGGUUCGAGCCCCACUUCGGGCUUUGUGCUGACAGCUUGCUCAGAGCCUGGAGCCUACUUCAGAAUCUGUGUUUCCUUUUUUCUCUGCCCCUCCCCUGCUCACGUUCUGUCUCUGCUCUCAAAAAUAAAUAAAUGUAAAAAAAAAUUUUUUUGUUUAACUUCAGAGUGACGGCUUUUUAUAAGGACACGUAUUGACUUAAAUCUUUUCUUUGCGUUUGUAAAAUAGCAUUUUUGUAGACUUUCCCUCCUACAAAAUACCUUACUACAGACCCUCACAGUUUUUCAUGAAUUUAUUCAUUUAGCACCUUGUUGGUAGAUAAGGCACUAUUUUGAGCAAUUUAGAAAGUUUUUCUCAAGCAUAGAGAUAAAGAGGAAAUUGGAGGAGAGUUGUGUAAAGGAAUAUUGAGAAUAAUGGAAGAACUUGUCAAGCUCCUGAGACUACUAUUUGAAAGGGUUUAGGAAUAGUGUGUCUUUUAAGUAUGAUCCACAGAACGCCUAUAUCAUAAUCCUUUCCAGUGUUUACAAAAUGCAUAUCCUGGGGCACCUGGGUGGCUCAGUCGGUUAAGCGUCCGACUUCGGCUCAGGUCAUGAUCUCACGGUCCGUGAGUUCGAGCCCCGCAUCGGGCUCUGUGCUGACAGCUCAGAGCCUGGAGCCUGUUUCAGAUUCUGUGUCUCCCUCUCUCUGACCCUCCCCCAUUCAUGCUCUGUCUCUCUCUGUCUCAAAAAUAAAUAAACAUUAAAAAAA